AUGAAUGCGAAUAUAGACGGGAACGCUUUGAAGAAAAUAAGAGGACUGGACUACGCAACGAGUAAAUUAUUCUUUCGAUGCAUCUAUCCGAAACCAAUCGCAGGAUACUGCGGUUUUGUUGGUACGCUUUCUGAAGUAACCGUCCAUCUGUCACGACACAUGAAAAUCCAUGUAUACACUUGCAAUCUGUGCGGUAAAGAGAUCUACGAUCAAACGGAAAUCUAUACUCAUAAUACUACGGGCAACAGGUUUUGCGGCGCAGGACCAGAGCACAUGAUCGCGUAUAUUCCAUCCAGGCAUUCUUGUGUUGACGCCUGGAGAGGAAAAAAUGUGUUCAUUGUAAUGGUUGAAAAAGAAGAAUAUGAGGAAUACAAGGAAGCUCAAGAAAGAAUGACGAGGGCCCAAUCAACAAGUCGAAGAGUACCCGGAACACCCGGCUACGACGAUGACUUGCUACCACCUAUUCAGGAAGCUCCGCCCAUGCGUUUAUUUUCUCGAGCCAUGUCUCGCGGUCCACCUUCAGAAGGAUCAUAUCGUCGUCCUCAGUCGCGCGCGCUAUCGCGAGUAGAUAUGAGUUCGGAUCAGAUGGGAUAUGGUGGCAGAAACUGGAAUAUCGGAAAUUCAUAUUCCCAGCAAAAUCAAUCAAAUUUCUCUUUUCGACGAGAUGCUUCUCGCACAGGAGGCAACACCGACCCCAUGGGUUCUCGAAUGAAUUACAAUCGACCCUUGCCACAAAUUUCAACGCCGCUCAGACCAAACUAUUCCACUGGUCAAAUGCGAGUUCCAGCGAAUUUUAACUACCAGCCAAGACCUACUCCAACAUUCCAAUCUCGCUCCAAAUCGUCUCAUUAUAGUCGAUCACCGAAAGAAUCCGAAAGACAAUGUACAACGUCAUCGGCAAAUCGAUCAAGAUCGCGUGGGGGUUCUGGAUGGGGUAGACCCCCAUCACCGGAUGUGGUAGAUGUAACCCCGAACCGUUCUGAACCGACAUCGAGCGAGGCGGAGCGCAACAGUCAUAGAAGCCGUGCCAGUUCAUCUAUCAGAGAAGAAAAUAAUGAUAGUGCUGGAACGCAUUCGCUAGCGAUCCAAAAACCGAGAGAGAUGACUAGACAUCGAAGAAGUUCAGUGAAUUAUCGUUCGCCAGCCCCAUCCCGAGAUUUUAGCUGCUCUGCUAAAGAUCGCCAAGAUAUUGAACGAAAUCAACAAAAGUUCCAAGUCGAAGCGAAAGGAACCACAAGAGUUCUACCCAACAGAAACCGUAUGGCGGCUCUGAUGGAUCCCGAUCCAACUCCAGCGAGAUCUGAAAUCCAAAGACAACGUGAAGCCCAGAGACAGGAAAGAUUGGCCCAGCUCAGAGGAAACCAAGGAAGCGAAUCUUCGGAACCAUCGGGAUCGGGUCCGCCCACAAAGAAAGUGAGUUUUCUCCUUUCGGCUGCAUGGAGCAUCCAACGAAACAUUCCCAAACGCGGACUGAUCAUGGGUCGUGAUCGCAGUCGCAGUCGAGAGAGAAAAAAGCGUUCACGAUCACGAUCAAUAGAACGACGAAGAGAACGAAGCAGAAGUCGUGACAGAGAAAGACGAGGUGGACGUAACACCCGUGACGGAAAAGAAAGAAAAAGUAGUCGCAGCAGAAGCCCUCGUGACAAGCGAGAUCGGCGAGAACGGAGUCGGUCUCGUGAACGGAAGGAACGCGACCGUGAACGUCAAAGAAAAGAUCGAGAGCCAAAUAGGAAGGAAAAACAAGAGGAAAUCAGUUUGGAGUCAGUGCAGAGUGUAGAUGAUGAAGCCAUGAUGGCUGCAAUGGGAUUCGGGGGUUUCAACACUACUAAAAACAAACAGGUGAACGACAAUGUUGAUGGUUGUGUGAACAUCAAAAAACCGCGCAGAUAUCGUCAAUACAUGAAUCGGAAAGGUGGAUUCAAUCGACCGCUCGAUUUUAUGGGAUAG